AUGUGUUUUCUUCCUACAAGUCUUGGAGACUUCCAGUUAAAACCAUCAAGACUCCAAGAAUUGUUCGGGCUACAAGGGCUAGGAUCUUCCAGGACGUUCCUCUUUUAUGUCUUAACUUGGUGGUUACUUUUAGGAAUCAUAAUGAAACCCUUGAAUGUGCAGUGUGUGAACUUUACAAUAGGGGUAGUUGGUCCUUGGCAAUGUGAUCCAUUAUUUGCAAAAGCCUUUCCAGAAUUAGCUGCAAAAUUAGCCGUGGAUAAAAUAAACAAUGAUUCCACACUAGAGCUUAGUCAUUGGUUUGAAUAUAAAAUUCUAGCUGAGAACUGUGAAACAUCUAAGGCACUAGUGGAAUUUGCCAGCUUUGACAAACUCUCAAAUGCAUUUUUAGGUCCAUUAAAUCCUGGAUAUUGUGAUGCUGCAAUACUAUUGGGCAAAAACUGGAAUAAAGCAGUAUUUUCCUGGGCCUGCAUCAAUCAUGAACUGGAUAACAGACACAGUUUUCCAACAUUUGCCAGAACUAUUCCUACACCAACAAAAGUUCUGUUCAAUUUCAUGAAAUAUUUUCGGUGGGCUCAUGUAGGUGUUGUAUCCUCCAAUGAGGACAUAUGGGUGGAUACAGCAAGAAAAGUAGCGAGUUCUCUAAGAAAUCUUGGCCUUCCCAUUGGAAUUGUGACAUCCAUUGGUUAUGGAGACCAAGGCAUCAAAACUACUUUGAAAAAUAUAAAAGAAACUCAUGAUCUCCGAGUUAUUGUUAUGUGCAUGCAUUCUGUACUCAUUGGAGGUGAAGAACAGGCCACCUUUCUUACAAAAGCGCAUGAAAUGGGACUAACAGAUGGAAGAUAUGUCUUUGUACCAUACGACACUUUACUUUACAGCCUUCCUUACAAAAACAAUUCAUUCUACGCCCUUGAUAAAAUCAACAAACUUCAAGAGGCUUAUGACGCCGUGCUGACAAUAACUAUGGAUUAUGAGGAGAAGUCCUUCUAUGAUGUAUUUGCAGAGGUUAAAGAGAAGAAGAUAAUAAAAACUAAUUUGGCACCAGAUCAAGUUUCUCCACUGUUUGGGACCAUCUAUGAUUCCAUAUACUUCAUGGCAAAAGCAAUGAGCAAUGCAUGGAAGCAAGGAGCCUGGAUCUCUGGAACAAACCUAGCAGAAUACACCAAAGACCUGGAUUAUCCUGGAUUUACCCAAAUGCUUUAUACUGAUGGAAAAGGGAAUAGUCUUGGGAAUUUUGUAGUGUUAGACACUGAUGGAAAAGUGAACCAACUUUAUCCAACCUACUCAGUGGAAAUGGCUUCCAACUUAGUGCGUUUUUUGGGAAAAACCAUAAGGUUCCCUGGUGGAACACCUCCUCGUGCAGAUUCCAGCUGUUGGUUUGAUCCAGGCACCUUAUGCAUAGGAGGAAUUGAACCAUCAAUUGUGAUUCUGGUAUUUGGCUUAGUGUUCGCUUUGGUGCUUUGUGGUAUUAUUGUCUCGUAUCUUAUUAGGCAUAGCAUACUACAGAUUCAAUUGGUUAAAGGACCCAACAAAAUUUUAUUAUCCCUUGAUGACCUCACAUUUAUAAAUCCAAAACUGAGUAUGAAGAAACUGAAUAUUGACAACAUGAGUGAUACUAAAAGUGUCUCUGACUGCAAAUCGUUAACUCGAUCCAUGUCAACAAAAAGUGUGGGUGUUACCUAUGAGAAUUCCAAUGUGGCCGUAUAUGAGGGUGACUGGGUAUGGUUGAAGAAAUUUGAGCCUGGGGUGUACCAUGAACUGCGGCAGAGCACUGCAAGUACUCUGCGCAAGAUGAAAGACCUCAGACACGAAAAUGUGAAUCCCUUCCUGGGUUUCUUCUCAGACUGUGGAAUAUUUGCUAUUAUUACCGAGCAUUGUUCAAGGGGAAGCCUGGAAGACCUCCUCAGAAAUGAUGAUGUAAAACUAGACUGGAUGUUUAAGUCAUCACUGCUCCUAGAUUUGAUCAAGGGAAUGAGAUAUUUACAUCAUCGGGAUUUUUCUCAUGGGCGUCUAAAAUCUCGAAACUGUGUAGUCGAUGGUCGCUUUGUGCUGAAAUUGACAGACUAUGGAUACAAUGAAAUUGUGGAAAACCAGAAAGCUCCACGUGUUUCACACUCUGCUGGAGAAUUGUUUUGGACAGCACCAGAAUUACUUCGAGAUCAAUCCCUGGCAAGGAGAGGGACAUUUAAAGGGGAUGUCUAUAGUUUUGCUAUUAUUUUGCAAGAAGUAGUUGUACGAGGUCCACCAUAUUGCAUGUCGGGACUUCCAGCUGAGGAAAUCAUUCGAAAGGUGAAAAAGCCCCCUCCAUUAUGUCGACCAACAGUUGCCCCAGACCAGGCCCCACUUCAGUGUAUACAGUUAAUGAAACAGUGUUGGAGUGAAUUGGCAGAGAGACGGCCUACAUUUGAUGAAAUCUUUGAUCAGUUUAAAACCAUUAACAAAGGCAAGAAAACCAAUAUCAUAGACUCCAUGCUAAGAAUGCUUGAGCAAUACUCGAGUAACCUGGAGGAUUUAAUCAGAGAACGGACAGAGGAACUGGAAAUAGAAAAACAAAAAACUGAAAAACUUCUGUCUCAAAUGCUACCUCCGUCUGUUGCUGAAGCUUUGAAAACUGGAGCAACGGUUGAGCCGGAAUAUUUUGAUCAAGUUACCAUCUAUUUUAGCGAUAUUGUUGGGUUCACCACAAUAUCUGCCCUCAGUGAGCCUAUUGAGGUUGUUGACCUGUUAAAUGACCUCUAUACUUUAUUUGAUGCUGUUCUUGGGAAUCAUGAUGUUUACAAGGUAGAAACGAUUGGGGAUGCGUACAUGGUGGCGUCAGGGCUACCAAAAAGAAAUGGAAACAGACAUGCUGCAGAAAUAGCUAAUAUGUCGCUAGAUAUCCUUAGCUCAGUAGGAACCUUCCAGAUGAGACAUAUGCCUGAUGUACCAGUCCGGAUACGGAUAGGUUUGCAUUCAGGGUCAUGCGUAGCUGGAGUAGUAGGCCUUACUAUGCCACGGUAUUGUCUGUUUGGCGACACAGUUAAUACUGCUUCCCGAAUGGAAUCCACAGGGCUGCCUUAUAGAAUCCAUGUCAACAUAAGUACAGUGACAACACUUCGCACUCUAAAAGAAAAAUAUAAAAUAGAUCUCAGAGGAAAAACAGAACUAAAGGGGAAAGGAAUAGAAGAAACAUUUUGGUUAGUAGGAAGAGAAGGCUUCACAAAACCGUUACCAGUUCCACCAGAUAUAAGGCCAGGGUGA